AUGAUUUUAAUAUUUUUGUUAGCUGUGGCUGGAGCUGCGGCGUAUUAUUUGUAUUUCGAGCAUGGAAGAAAGGAGGUGGGUUUCGAAAAUUUUGAAUUUUUGUCGCCGCAAAUCCACGUGACAUAAUUUUUGAAAAAAUGAGAUUCUGAAAACUCACCCAGUUUUUAAAAUUCACAAUUUUCAAGGUCAUAACCCAUGUUAAAAUGAGCAAUGCUUUCAGAUCCGUCAAAAAUUAAGCAUCCUCGUCGAGAAACGUCGCGAAGAAUCUCGCCAAAACAUCGAACGAGCUCGAAAAGUCGGAGAAAAAGUCGACCCAGCCACCCGCGACCACAUUGGAUCUCUCGAUUUCGAUCAUCUUCGUCUCGAACUUCAAGCCGGUACAAUCUCAUGCAUCGAUACACUUCGAACAUAUUUCUAUAAAGCUGUGAUUGCUCAUGAAAAGACAAAUGCAAUUUGUAUGUUUAUAGAGGAAUCUGAAGAAUGGGCUGAAGAAUGGGAUAAGAAAGCGAAAGAGCCUGGAUUUGUGAAACCUGCUCUUUUUGGAAUUCCCUUAUCACUUAAAGAAUGUAUUAUGAUCAAAGGAUACGAUCAAACACGUGGUUUUGUUCAAGACGCAUUCCAUCCAGCAACAUCUGAUUCACUUCAAGUAACCCACUUCAAAAAUCUGGGUCUCAUCCCAUUUUGCACUACAAAUGUUCCCCAAUCUCUUCUCUCUUAUAAUUGCUGCAACCCACUUUAUGGUACAACAACUCAUCCUCUGGACAAAUCUCGAACUCCUGGUGGAAGUUCUGGAGGUGAAAGUGCUCUUCUUGCCGCAGGCGGUUCGAUUUUAGGAAUGGGUGGAGAUGUUGGCGGGUCAGUUAGGAUACCGUGUCAUUUCACAGGGACUGCCGCAAUCAAACCAUCAAAAAUGCGAUUUGCACAUCGAGGCGGUGGAUCUUCUGUUCCGGGAAAACCAUUGAUUGAUGCAAAUGAUGGUCCGAUGGCCAGAGAUGUUAAGACAAAUGUUGAAUUCUUGAGGAAUGUCUGGGCUGAUGCUUAUCAAUCUUCAGUUGAUCCAUAUUGUCCACCAGUUUUAUGGAAUGAAGAUUUAUAUUCGAGUGCAAAACCAUUGAGAAUUGGAUAUUAUAUUGAUGAUGGAUGGUUUACACCGACUCCCGCAAUUCAAAGAGGUGUUUUGGAAGCGAAACAGAUUCUUGAGGAAAAAGGUCACACUUUAAUACCAUUCAAACCACCCCGAGUUGAGGAAGCAAUGCAAAUGUAUUAUCGAGCUGUUUGUUUGGAUGGUGGACAAUAUAUUUUGAGAAAAUUAUUGAAGGAUUUGAUUGAGCCGACGAUUACAACACAAGUCACAUUGUGGAUGGUUCCGAUUUGGUUGCAAAGAUUGUUGAGUUAUCCAAUGAGUUUGGUGUUUCCGAGAUUGUCGGUGUUGAUGAAGGCGUUGACGAGAGAUACUUUUGGUGAGGAUUUUGGGAGGUUGAAGGGGUACAUAGCUGUGAGCAUAGUUGUCAAGUAGCCACGUCUAAUUGUCAAGGACUCGCAUCUAGAAAAUCACUAUGACUAGGCACGGUACCUUGAGAGCUUCAAUGCCAAGAGUCCUAGACUAGAGAGCUUAGUUCUCAAGCAACCGCACCUAGAGAUUAACUCAGACAAGCAGCCGCGCCUUGAAAUGUUCGGUUACAAGUAGCAGAGCCUAGAGAGCUUAGUUCCCGCGCUUAUGAAGUUCAGUUGACAAGGAUCAAAGCCUUGAUAGCGUAAUUGUUAAGGACCCGCGUCUAGAAAUCAACUCUGUCAAGGAGCCACCUCUUGAGAGCUUCAACAUCAAGUAGCCGAGCCCAGAGUAGGUCGCGUGUGCUCCAUUUCCCAGCACAAAGUUCAUUUGAAACUUCAUCACAUCAUUAAAAAUAUUUGUUUACACUUUGAUAAGAUUCACAUUCCCAUACCCAUAUAGUUUGUAGUUCACCUCUCCUCAGAGUACUUCCUUGUCCCUUCUCCAACUGAAUGUUUUUUUUCAGAACUUCGCGAAGCUUAUGCUGGAAUUGAGGGAUAUCGAGAGCAAUUCGUCGAACUUAUGUUCGCUGACAAUCUCGAUGUUCUUCUUUGCCCUCCACAAAUCAUGCCAGCUCCUCAACACGAUAUUCCAUCGAAACUUGUCUCGGGUGUCAGUUAUACGUGUCUUUUCAAUUUAUUAGAUUAUGCUGCUGGAGUUGUGCCAAUUACUCAUGUUACAAAAAAAGACGAUGCUGAUCUUGAAGAUUAUCCAGAAACUGAUCAAUGGUAUAAAUUGGCGAAAAAAGCGACGAAGGGAGCGAUUGGAAUGCCGAUUGGUGUACAAAUUGCAGCGCCGCCAUAUCGAGAGGAAGUUGUGUUGAGAGCUAUGCGUGAUAUUGAAAUUGCGGUUGAACAACGCAAAUAA